AUGAAGAAAGAACUGAAGAGCAAGGCAUUCUGGAGAGCAGUUCUGGCUGAGCUGUUAGGCAUGACCCUGUUCAUUUUCCUCAGUAUCUCAGCUGCCAUAGGAAACAAAAAUAAUUCCAAUCCUGACCAAGAAGUGAAGGUGGCGCUGACCUUCGGGCUGGCCAUUGCCACCUUGGCUCAGACCUUGGGCCACAUCAGUGGAGCUCACUUGAACCCUGCUGUCACUUUGGGAAUGUUGGCCAGCUGCCAGAUCAGUGUCUUAAAGGCUAUAAUGUACAUCAUAGUACAAAUGCUAGGGGCAGCAGUGGCCAGUGGUAUCGUGCAUGGAGUGCGUCCAGGAAACACCUCAGCACUGGGAGUCAACAGUGUGAGUGACACAUUGUCUCCAAGUCAAGGCAUUGGCAUCGAGCUUCUGGCCACUUUUCAGCUGGUGCUGUGUGUCAUAGCAACCACAGAUAAAAGGCGACGUGAUGUCACAGGCUCUGGGCCCUUGGCAAUUGGACUUUCAGUGUGCCUAGGGCACCUAGCAGCAAUCAGCUACACUGGAUGUGGGAUUAAUCCUGCCCGGUCAUUUGGUCCAGCUGUCAUUCUGAAUAACUUUGAAAAUCACUGGGUGUACUGGGUGGGGCCCAUGUGUGGAGGUGUGGCAGCCGCGCUUGUAUAUGACUUUCUUCUCUGCCCCAAAGUUGAUGACCUCCCUGAACGCAUAAAAGUUCUAGUUAGCGGCCCAGGAGGGGAAUAUGAUGUCGCCAGACCAGAUGACACAGUAGAAAUGUCCUCAAAGUAA